AUGAUGGAGAGUUCCGAAGACGACCAAGUUGUUGCUCAAUCACAAUCAUCAAUACCAGAAGAAAGUACAAGAGGUUCGACGAGAGUAAGCGAUUAUGAUGGGCCAAAACAGCUUCACACACUUCGAGAGGCAGCUGCUCUGGUUUUCACAUUAACGGGCGCAACCUUUUUGAAUACCUUCUCUGCGUAUGCAGUCGUUAUAUUGAUUCCCACUAUCUCAAAAGAUCUCAAUAUUCUAGAAAUACGCCAACAAUGGGUCGUUUCUGCCUUUUCUUUGACACUCGGCUGCUUCCUAGUGUUGUGCGGAAAGCUAGGAGAUGUGUGCGGGAAAAGAAUCUUCUUCGUCCUGGGAUGCGUGUGGGUUGCAGCAACAUCUAUAGCAGCUGCCUUUGCUCCUUCUGAAAUAGCCCUCGAUAUUUUUCGAGCUCUCCAAGGCUUGGGAGGUGCAAUCACCCUCCCAACAUCCAUGGGCAUCUUGGGCUCUACAAUACCUCCGGGUAGAGUGAAAAAUUACAGCUUUGCCUUCUAUUCCGGUGGCGCUCCUGCAGGCCAGGUCCUCGGCAACAUAUUGGGUGGAGUCAUAACCCAGUAUAGCAACUGGAAAGUAGUCUUCUUCAUCAUCGCUGGCGCCAACCUUGUAAUUGCAGUGCUGGGACUCGUCUCCAUACCCAAAGAGCGGAAGGCUGUAGAUCUAGCCCUGCUUCCACAAAUCGACUGGAUUGGUGCCUUCCUUUUUACAACAAGCUUACUACUACUUCUCGUUGCACUAUCUCAAGGCAACUCUGCAGGCUGGAAAACAGCUUAUGUCAUUGCACUUCUAAUCAUCUCGGUCUUCUUGUUCGUCGGUUUUGUGUUUUGGCAACGAUAUCUCGAAUUCAGGACUGCUAGGGAGCCAUUGAUACGAACUUCGGUGUUCCAAAACUCGCCGUUUCUCAUAGCUAUGGUAAUCUUCACGCUUUUCGCGGCUGCAUUUACCAAUUAUUUAAUAUAUUCUACGUAUUUUUACCAAGAAUAUCUUCUCCUCGAUACACUACACACUGCUUUCCGGUUUAUCCCCUUGGGAAUUGUUGGUAUUUGUAUUGCAACAAUGUCGGGAUACCUCCUUGAUCGAGUCCGCGGAAACUACAUCCUCAUCUUCGGCCUUGUUUCAACUGCAAUCAGCAAUAUCCUCUUCGCCGCGCCCAUCCCACCGUCUACGACCUACUGGGCCUACGGCUUUCCAGCUAUGUGCUUGGCUGCCUUCGGUGCCGAUACGAUCUAUCCCUGCCUAGGCCUAUUCACGACUCAAUCCCUACCACAAAAAGAUCAAGCACUUGCCGGUGCCAUGUUCCAAACCGUUAAUGGAAUUGGUCGGGCAAUCAGCUUGUCGAUUGCUAGUGCUAUUGAAACUGCUGUGCAAACAAAAGAUGAAAAGAAUAUGGAUGCCAUGGAGGCGUUGCUGAAGGGUUUUAGGAGCGUUCAGUGGUUUAAUGCUGCAUGUGCUACGGUAGCGCUGGUAGCGACUGUCGUUGGUUUGAGGAACAUGGGGAAAAUUGGGUUGUUGAAAAAGCUGGGUCAAGUCCAGAGGCUUGAGAGGGAAAAGGACAAUGUUUGCGUUUAA